GAAGAGAGAGCGAGAAAACAUCCCAGACUUCGCUCGUCGCUCUGCGCACGUGUCCUCGUCAGCGGGAAAAGCAGCACCAUCCAUCCAGAGGCGGCUACCCAUGUGGCAGGAGGCUCUGUGGACCCGCGGACGCUACCUGCUGGAGAAGAACGAUGGAGGCGAGGGUGCCGAGGGGCCUGAGAGCCUGGGGGACGGCUGCCCGGGGUUCCAGGGCGAGGUGUGCGCGGAGGGUGAGAAACCUCAGGACUGGUUGUACGAGUCGUACUACAGAAUGAGCCAGCAGCAUCCGCUGAUCGUGUUCCUGCUGCUGAUCGUCAUGGGAACCUGCCUCGCACUGUUGGCCGUGUUCUUCGCUUCGGGACUGAAUAUAGAGGACCACUUGGCGUUCCUGAUCACAGUGCCCACUGCUCUCUUCCUCUUCCUGUCCAUCUUCAUCCUUGUCUGCAUUGAGUCCGUCUUCAAGCGGAUGCUCCGCCUCUUCUCUCUCCUUAUAUGGGCCUGUCUGGUCACCAUGGGUUACCUGUUCAUGUUCUCCGGAGGGAGACUCAGCCCCUGGGACCAGGUGUCCUUCUUCCUCUUCAUCGUGUUUGUUGUUUACACCAUGCUGCCCUUCUCCAUGAGAGGGGCCAUUAUCGCCAGCGGCAUCACCUGUUUCUCACACACUGUCACCCUCAGCAUCUGUCUGACCUCAACUGUGACAGAACUGGAACCUCUCAUCUGGCAGAUCCUAGCCAAUGUAAUCAUCUUCACCUGUGGUAACCUGGCCGGGGCCUAUCACAAGCAUCUGAUGGACUUGGCACUCAAGCAGACCUAUCAAGACACCUGCAACUGCAUCAAGUCGCCCAUCAAGCUAGAGUUUGAGAAGCACCAACAGGAGCGUUUACUCCUGUCCUUACUGCCCGCUCAUAUAGCCAGAGUGAUGAAAGCUGAGAUCAUCCAGAGGCUGCAGGGACCAAACUCUGGUCGAACUGAGAGCACCAACAACUUCCACAACCUCUACGUGCAGCGACACACCAAUGUCAGUAUUCUCUAUGCAGACAUUGUGGGCUUCACCAGGCUGGCAAGCGACUGCUCUCCAGGUGAACUCGUGCACAUGCUGAAUGAACUGUUUGGUAAAUUUGACCAGAUUGCAAAGGAGAACGAGUGCAUGCGAAUCAAGAUCCUGGGAGACUGUUAUUACUGUGUGUCUGGUCUGCCUGAGUCGCUGCCUCACCACGCCAGGAACUGCGUGAAGAUGGGCCUGGAUAUGUGUGAGGCCAUCAAGAAGGUCCGAGAUGCCACCGGAGUCGAUAUCAACAUGCGUGUCGGCGUUCACUCUGGAAAUGUCCUCUGUGGUGUGAUUGGCCUCCGGAAGUGGCAGUAUGAUGUGUGGUCACAUGAUGUAACGCUUGCCAAUCACAUGGAGGCGGGAGGCGUACCCGGGAGGGUCCACAUCUCUUCAGUGACGUUGGAGCAUUUGAAAGGCUCAUACAAGGUGGAGCCUGGAGACGGACAAAGCAGAGAUUCCUACUUGAAAGAACAUAAAGUGGUUACCUUCCUGGUCAUCAACCCAAAGACCGAGAGGCACAGCCCGCUGCUCGGCCUGCGCUCUCGUCCUUCUCUGGACGGUGGGAAGAUGAGGGCAUCUGUUAGGAUGACCCGCUACCUGGAGUCCUGGGGAGCUGCCAAACCCUUCGCCAAUCUUCACCAUCGAGACAGCAUGACCACAGACAACGGCACGAUUAACACGACCGACGUUCCAAUGGGGCAGUACCACUUCCAGAGACGAGAGAGGUCCAAAUCCCAGAGGAGGAGGUUUGAGGAAGAACUCAAUGAACGAAUGAUUCGCACCAUCGAUGGCAUCAAUUCGCAGAAACAGUGGUUGAAGUCUGAAGACAUCCAGAGGAUCUCGUUGUUCUUUCACAACAAAGCCUUGGAAAAAGAGUACAGAUCCACUACAUUACCUGCCUUCAAGUACUACGUCACCUGCGCCUGCCUCAUAUUCUGCUGUAUAUUCAUAGUGCAAGUCCUCGUCUUGCCCAAAACUGCUGUGCUGGGGAUCUCCUUUGGCCUGGCAUUCCUGCUCUUGGCUUUGAUCCUGCUCCUUUGCUUCGCUGGUCACAUUCUGCAGGGAAGGAAGGGAUCCUUCUGCUCUCUUACAUGGUUCCCAACUUCGUCCCGCAUCAUCGUCACCAAUAACCCCUGGCUACGAUUGGUCCUCACCAUGACAACCACUGCUCUCAUACUGGUGAUGGCUGUCUUCAAUAUGUUCUUUGUGGAAGACAUUGGAGGAUCGAUGGAGGACGUCCUGACAACCGCUCCACCUGUCAAUCUAACCAAUGACAGCCGAUUGGAUGAUAUGGAAGAAAACACAGGCAAAAACAAGUUUUACCUGCCAUAUUUCAUCUACUGCUGCAUAUUGGGCCUGGUAUCGUGCUCAGUGUUCUUGAGGAUCAACUAUGAGCUGAAGAUGGUGGUGAUGCUGGUUGCCGUGGUGAUCUACAACAUCAUCAUUCUCCAGACACAUUCGUCUCUGCUGGAUGGAUUCAGCAAAGCGUUGUACCCCACCGAUAAACUAGAUAGACCAGGCGUUCUGAAGGAUCUGAAGACCAUGGGUUCAGUGUCUCUGUUCAUCUUCUUCGUCACGCUGCUGGUGUUAGCAAGACAGAAUGAAUAUUACUGUAGGUUGGACUUCUUGUGGAGGGACAAGUUCAAGAGGGAGUGCGAGGAGAUCGAAACCAUGGAGAACCUCAACCGGGUUCUGCUGGAGAACGUUUUGCCGGCUCACGUCGCCGAGCACUUCCUGGGACGCAACUGGAAAAACGAAGACCUUUAUCAUCAGUCGUACGAGUCGGUGUGUGUGAUGUUCGCCUCCAUCCCUGACUUCAAAGAGUUUUACACCGAGUCUGAUGUCAAUAAGGAAGGACUGGAGUGCCUCCGUCUUCUCAACGAGAUCAUAGCAGACUUUGAUGAGCUGCUGUCCAAGCCGAAGUUCAGCGGAGUGGAGAAGAUAAAGACCAUUGGCAGCACCUACAUGGCUGCGACUGGACUCAAUGUGACGCCAGGACCAGAGUGUGCACAGGAACAUGACAGACAGUACAUGCACAUAGGCACGAUGGUGGAGUUUGCCUUCGCCCUCGUUGGGAAGCUGGACGUCAUCAACAAGCACUCUUUCAAUGACUUCAGACUCCGUAUUGGGAUAAACCAUGGACCAGUGAUUGCGGGAGUAAUUGGGGCCCAGAAGCCUCAGUACGACAUCUGGGGGAACAGUGUGAAUGUGGCCAGUCGGAUGGAGACCACUGGGGUGCUCGGCAAAAUACAGGUAACAGAGGAGACGAGUCGUAUCUUAUCAACACUUGGGUACAUGUGUUCAUGUCGUGGCAUCAUCAACGUAAAGGGCAAAGGAGAGCUGAAGACCUACUUUGUUCACACAGAGAUGACCCGAUCGCUGUCUCAAGGGACUGUGAUGCCUUGAGCACGUCACACUAACUGAACGAAUGGACUCGAGAACAGAACUGCACACUCAAAGUGGCCAUAGAAGUGAUUUGUCAUGCUCUGUAAGUAAAGCCCAUUACCAGAAGCCAGCAGUACAAUGGAUAGACACUCGUCGAAAACCACUUUUGUCCUUAGCAACACAAUGUAGAUCAGGACCGAGGUGCAACAGCACGGUCCUUCAACGCUGCACUCUGGAUGGUUUUCACAUCUCAAGUGUAACAAGGACUUCGCUCCAAGGAGUCUCUUCACCGUCUAAAGGAGUGCCUGACUAAAGAGAGGUUUGCUAAAUUAGUGCAGCUCUCAAGGACCGCAGUCACCCGUCUGUACAAUAGUAGUGGUGUGGAGUUAAUUGCCCAUGCCGGUGUUGCAGUGCUUCAGAGCCUUAAACUUGAGCAAACUGAGCUGCCUGCCGAACUUAUUUUUUUCUCUUUUUUCUUUUUCUUUUUUAAAAAUCUCUGCUUGGUUGGCAGUGUGAGCCAGUUUGUUUCCAUUUCAUUCCAAAUGGAUGUUAGAAUAGUUUAUUGUCAUAUAGAGCUGUUGAUGCCAACAAAUUGCCAGCGUGAUGGGUAGUUUGCCAAAACCUGUGAUUUGUAUUUAUAGCUUUAGAGCUGCGUUUGUGUCCCACUCGAGCAGGUGGACUCAGGCACAGGAUCCAAGAGGAAAACAUAGAAGUUUCUUUUUUUAUAAUCCAUCUGGAACCGAACCAACAGCAUGUGUGUAAAUGUUCACUGCCAUCCUUUUGUUAUUCAUUAAACAUUUGUA